AUGUUAAAUACAGUGGCAAAGGAUAGGAUAAUUAAAGCUUUAUCAGAAUGGACAGAAAUUUGUAAAAGGAUCCUAAGAUAUUUAGAUAAAAAUUCAUUAUCGCAUAAUCCAGAUACUGAAUACGAUGGGUGUAUUCUAUUAAAUUAUUGGGUAUAUAGUAGAUUAUUUGAUAUUUUUGGUUCCGAUGCACCUGGUGUUAUCUAUAGUCCUUUUGCCGCUCUCCAACGGAUAUGGCAUGAUUUUAUUGAAAAUCGACAAAAUCGAUCUCUCCAUAAAAAAUGUCUCCCACACAGUGCUACUAUUACGAAAAGAGACUGGAAGAAAAGAAAACAUUUGUACGAUUAUUAUGUUGAUUAUGAUUAUCUUUUGGGUAUGGCUCAAAACUUUAUUACCAACGAAUGCACAAAUUAUGAAAAUUUUAAAAAAAUGUUUUUAUUAUAUAAAUCCUUUGAGGAGGUAUGUGAAAAUGGAACAGACAAUUGUCCAAAGGUAUUUCAUAAAUUCAAGGAAAAAAAUAUUGAGUCUGCGAUAAAAAAAUUAACAUGUGAUGCUAAAAUUAUAGGUACAAGUGGACCUACUUCAGAGGAAAUUUCUUCGCUUCAAGUUAAAAGCUCCACAGAUGUGCAUCCAGAAACUGAAGAAGAUUUAGUACUUGAUCUUAGAGAUGUUUUUACUAUCGAAUCUGAUACCCACUUAGAUAGUGAAAAUUCCGGAAUUGGAUCAAAAGUUACUCAUUCAAUUCUUGGCGCAGCUCCAGUUUUAUUAACUGGUCCCUGGAUUCGUGGGCUCGUUGGAGGCAGAACAAAUAGUAAGAAUACCAUGGAUGUGUUUUCACCUUAUACACAAGAAACAAGCGAUAUGUUUUUGAUGACACAGCAAACUAUAUAUCUUAUCAACCAAUAA